GGCUAUGCCAUAAAAUUUCAAAACCAUGUAACAUGAUAAUUGGACGCAACAUCAUCUGCGUGCCAAAACAACAAAAACCAAAACAAACCACUUAACAUGCUAAUUUGGCAACAUAAUGGAUAAAAAAAGGCAAUUUAGACAAGAAAAUAGGAACAUUAGAGCUUGAAGACUCAAAUUAUAUAUAUUGUUGUGUCUCUGUGUGGGUCUGUCUCUUUGUUGAUCCCAUUUGUCCUCCACGCUUUCUUUUUUUCUCCUCUCUUUCCUCAUUCAGCAUUCUUCUUCUUUUCUUAGCACAGCUCGACCACUUCUUCUUUUCUUGUCAAGAACCCAAGAUUCCCUUUUUGUCUCUUUAUUUUAACUCUUCCUCUAUCUUUGGCAAAAAAAACUUAAACUUUAUUUCAUACAGAUUUGUGGGUGUUCUUUGUUUUUUGUUAAAUCGACAGUAUGAUAAGUGAAUCAAUGACCUGAAGUGGAUUCUUGAAAAAUGAGUAAAGGAAAUUGAAGAGUGAAAAUAUAGAAACAAAUAUGAGAACCCUUUGUGAUGUUUGUGAAAGUGCUGCCGCAAUACUUUUCUGUGCUGCUGAUGAGGCUGCUCUCUGCCGUUCUUGUGACGAAAAGGUACAUUUGUGCAACAAGCUUGCAAGUCGACAUGUAAGAGUUGGGCUAGCGGACCCCAGUAAAAUCCAGCGUUGUGACAUAUGCGAAAAUGCACCUGCUUUCUUUUAUUGUGAGAUCGAUGGAAGUUCCCUUUGUUUGCAAUGUGAUAUGAUUGUCCAUGUUGGAGGUAAACGAACCCAUGGAAGAUAUCUCCUUAUAAGGCAGAGGAUUGAGUUUCCGGGGGAUAAAUUGGGCCCUUCAAAUGAGCAAGGAUUGCCAUCUACUGAACAAGGUGAUGUAAGGAGGGAGCCUGCACAGUCCUUUAAACUCCCUAUGAUAGACAAUCACCAACCAAACAGGGAGACUGCUAUGACAGCAGUAGAAAAUAACGUGAAUAAUAGCGUAAAAGUGGAGAAUGAGUUGAUUGACCUUAACUCCAGACCCCAAAGGAUGCAUGGUCAAACGUCAAAUAAUCAGGAACAAGUAAUGGACAUGCUUGGUGGUAGCAAUCAUGAGUCUGUCGGCGUGGUUCCUGAUGGGCCCUUCAAAAGAGAACCAGAGAAGUGAUCAAGAUGUGAGCUGCUGCCAUUCCAAAUUUCAAACUUGAAUUAUGAAUUGGAGUUGCCGGCCCCAGCUGAGUUCUAUGCAAUGUCAAAGCUUUAAGAGAAGCUUUUGAACUAGCCGGGACCAAGUUGAGGUAUUUCUUGAGUGAAGAGCUCUCUGAAGUUCAUUAUUCAACCACUUCAUGCAUAUACUUUGAGAAGAGGAUCAGAAAGAAAUUCUGCCAUCUCGCUUUGGAGAGAGGAUAAGGCUGCAGUCACCACAUUUGCCUCUGUAAUUUCCUGUAAUGAGUAAUGAGAAGAAACAAUCUCUACAGAUUCAAGAUGAACUGUAUAGCAGUGACAUUCAUUUAUUGUUGUUUUAUUCAUCAAGUUUCCACCAUUACUAUUGUAAUUCAUCUGGUUUGAACUCUGUUAAACUUUAUAAUCAUUCAAGGUUGACACAAACUACUGGGGAGUAAAUCCCCAGUACCAAACA